GGUACGAGCCAUGCCCCCGAAAUUCACUCACACCACACGCCCAAACGUCUCCGUACUUUUAAUCAAUUAGAGAUCAAACAAAGGCGGCCGAGAAAAAGGCCCGUGCCCUUCCUUUCUGUCUUCUCUGUUCCUUCUCUCAGCAGAUCUCAAUCUCAACCUUUACCAAUCUUCUUCCCCUUCUCGCUUCUCUUUUUGUCUUGUUUGUCUUAUCAUCUUCCUCUUCUUUCAGCAACCAGACUUCAUUACUCGACUCGAAACCGUCGCCGGUCGAGCACGCGAAGUCGGCCCUUCGUUUCGACGCUCACCUAUUCUCGACGCUCGCUGUAUUACACGUCUCGUUUCAGCACAAACUGCGCUUUCUCCUCCACGUCGAACACAUAAACCCCCUCGAAUGCCAAUCACGAUGCAGAAACUCAUCGUUCUCCUAUUUGGACUGCUGUUCAUUUCAGCAGUCUCAGCCGACGCCCUUGACGACGCCAUUGCCCUCUUCAAGCGUCAAAGCGUUCAAUUAUCUACUGGCGCCUCUGACUCUGUCACCAGUUCCAGUACCUCACCAACAACAACCAGUGUCCCUGCAUCCUCCACCACCGUGGUCGUAACCACCCCGACGACCUCGGAGAGUAGCUCGGUCGUCCUUGAGUCUUCCACAGUCACGCAAAGUGCCAGUAGCUCCUCCCAAUCGGUUGUCAUCGUUGAGACUACUUCGACCUUUACACCCACAAACUCUGCAGGCAGUACAACAGAUACAUCGGCGUCAGUAUCUACUGUUACUACCAGCACAGUCUCUGCUUCGAAAACACUCAUCACAACCAGUUCCACUGAAGCCGUUACUACCACAAUUACAAGUGUUAGUGCUGGAAGCACUAUUCAUAUCACCAGCACCAGCAGCAGUGUUGUUGCACAAACCACCAGCGUCGACCCGGCUUCCUUGACAAGCGGUAGCAGCAGCAGUGGCAGCUCUGGACUCAGUAGCACAGCCAAAGCAACAAUCGGUGGUGUGGUUGGUGGUGUUGGUGGUGCUCUGCUUCUCGCUGGCUUGGCCUACACUGCUUGGCGUGUCUGGGGCAAGAAGAAGAAUCCUCACGAUGAUGAUCUCUACGACCCAAAUGUCAACCAAGAUAAGCUCAGCGCAACUGCGGGAUCGGAUAACACUCCUUUCCGUUCCACUCUGGAUCAAUACCACAAUCCUGGACCAGUCAAUACGGCAUCCAACUUUUAAGGCUGGCUACAGAGCCGUUUGAUGAUGGUCACGACAUUUGUUUCGAAUUAGCGGAAAAGAGGACGAAGUUGGUCCUUCAGCAGGCGCUUAUUCUAGGAAAAUGGCACAAUCGUGGUGCAAGUUGUUGUUCAGUCUACUUGAAAAUCAUCCGUGCAAGCGCACCUUCAGGGCUAAAUGCCUGAUAUUGUCUGAGUUGUACAUAGCAGCAAUUGGCAGUGGAGGUUGAAUUGGCUAGAUACAAAAUUAAUUGUCUAUCUCCUUA